AUGGUCCAUUCUGGCGCGGAAGCCUUUAGCUUAAAGACCGCGCCUGAAACUUUUUUUAAUCAUCGCCCUCGGACGGCAAAAUGCUCGGCAUCAGCGGCGUUGCAGUGGGAGACAGUUGUGCAUUCACCGGUGUCAUGCAUAGUGGAAUUUCACGAGUGCAUUCCCAAGGCUCGCGUACUUCUGACAGCAGCUGAAGGACCGCCAAUUUCGAUCUUUUGCUGGGACCGACCAAGUACAAAAAAAAUCUUGCUAAGCAUAUUUUGCUGUCCUGUGAGCAUGUAG